AUGAAAAAGUUUAUUUCUUUGGUGAGAGCCUCUUCUUGUUUCCAGCAUCAUCAUCACCAACUCGGCACGAGUGGUAAUGGAUUGGCCACUGCUAUGAGUACAACUCCUCGAGGAACACUCUCCGUACUCUUUCAACAACAAUCACCAUCUACAGCCAAUAGUAAAAUGUUUCAUACGAACGUCCUUUCGUUCCAACAACAAGAACAACAACAACAAGUCUCUCUGCACUCCUAUCCUUCAUCAACCAUUCAGGAAAUUAUGAAUAAUCUUCCCGACCCAUCCACAUUGAACAUUAAACCCAGAAACAAGAAGACUCCUGUUGAAAGACACAAAACAAGACAAACAUGGAGGGAUAGACCAAAAAUUACAUCAAAAUUCCUAGACACCCUUCCCACAGUAACAUAUAGACAAAUUAAUAUUAAACAGGGCCCAAAGAAGGUGAAUGAGGUUACCGAAAUGUUGCGUGGAAUUAGCGCAAAGGAAGCUCUCAUUCAAUUACAAAGUUGCGAGAAGAAAAUUGCUCCUAAAUUGUAUACCUUCAUUCGUAGCUGUAUGCUCAACGCAGAAAACGUUCAUGGUAUGAAUGCUGAUCGUCUUCUCAUCCGAGAAUGUAUCGUGAAUAAGCAACAAUACAGAAAACAAUUGAGAUAUCAUGCCAAAGGUCGUUACGGUGUCGAGUUGAACAGACGAACAAGUGUUGUGGUCAAGAUGGUUGAAGUACCAGAGAUUGAAGGCGAACACAGAUUGGGUAGAUAUGGUUGGACAAAUAAGACUUGGAGAGAAUAUGAGCAAGAAAUGUUGAGCGAGAAGACGACUGAAACUGUGGACAAUGCUGAAAUUAUUGAGCCAGAGGCAAUCAUGCAAGAAGAGAGUGCCACCACCAACUCGGCAGAAACUGUGGAAACAGUGGAAGUGAAUGAGUCACCAAACUCCUCCUCCGAUAAGAGUGCCAAGCAAUAA